GCUAGCCGUUAGUCUUGAGAAGUUGCUAAGGCGCUUCGGGAGCAGCGUGCGCGCGGCCAGCUCCAUGGCAAUGUGCGAACGGAACCCUCUGAGCCCGCCGGGCUACGUCGGACCUCUGUUGACCCCCGAGACGCUCUACUUGUCCAACUUGCGAGGCGCCAACCCCGGGCCGCACCACAUGCCCCCGCUGCAUCACCACCACCACCAUCACCAUCAUCACCACCUCCCCUACAACCGGAGGGCAGAGCUGUGCACGCUCCCGUGGUCAAGUUCGUGCGCGUCCGGGGCGCCCACGCAGAGCCGCGCCUUUGGAACCUACUGCCCGACGUUUCGCCCCAACUCGACCGCGCCCGGAACAAACAACAACGCCGCCGCCGCCGUCGCCAACAACAACAUCGGCGAGAAGUCUCCCUUGCAAGAAGAGACGCCACCGCGAUGCCCGCAGGGCGCAGACCACAAGGCGCCGCAGUCGGGCGCACCUCACGAGGUUUACGCCGAGGAGCUGCGAGGAUACUUGGACGGGCACGGUUCCCUUGCGGGCCAUCUGGAGCAGGAGUGCGCGAGACGACUGCACGGAAACAACAAGCAGCAAGACAUCGCCCGGCCUCCUUCCACUCUCGCGUGUUUUGCUGAAGGUGGCCCCUGGUGCUCGUCCCAGCAGGUGAGGAGCCGAAAGAAGAGAAAACCAUACUCCAAGCCUCAGUUAGCUGAGCUGGAGAGCGAGUUCCUGCUCAACGAAUUCAUCAACAGGCAGAAGCGCAAAGAGCUGUCGGACAGACUGGAGCUGAGCGACCAGCAGGUGAAAAUUUGGUUCCAGAACCGCAGGAUGAAGAAGAAGAGACUCAUGAUGCGGGAGCAAGUCUUUGCUCCUUAUUGAUGGACUAAAAAAAAGAGAAAAAGAAGAAAGAAAGUAAUAGAGAAAGAAAGAAGGAAGGAAAGAAAGAACGAAAUGCUACAUGUCUCGUGGACCACCACGGCAGCGCCACGUCACGUCACGCCACGUCUGACUGGAUUGGGCUUUUAUUUAUAAAUCCUGUGUGAAAUGCUUGGAAUCCCCGUCACGGCAGACAUUUCACACUUGGCGGUGGCUGGUUUGGAGGCGCCCCAAACUCCACCGUGGCGUUUUUCCCCUCUCUGUCUUGUGUGUGGCGAGAAGCUCAAGUUCACGUUGACGCCCAUUCGAUUAGACGUAUUACACAUAUGCAUGCUUGUCUAUUAUUUGAUUCGAUCCAUUUUAUUGUAAAUAAAUACGUAUUUUGUUCCCCAAACUACGCUUUGGGACUAUGAAGAGUGAUGAUGUUCACUGCUGGAAUGUGAAUUUAUUUCCACGUCUGAAGAACAUUAGCCUAAUAGUUUCGCUGCCUAGGUCAUGUUUGAGAAGGUUUUCAGAAAUCAAAGAGAACAGAACAUAUUCAAUAAACAAGUAGCGUCCAGUUGCCUUGAUGACUUAGAAUCCAGAGACAAAAAAUAAUAAAUAAAAUUGGCGAGCAAUGGCGUUAGCUUACUAGCUAUGACGUCGAUGAACGCUUCCUCAAAACGAAAGAGAGGGGAAAAUAAUUUUUAGCAAGCAAACUUCUAGCAGUUUAGCCAUUUUAAAAACUACACACAUAUACAUAUAUAUAUAUGUAUUCAUUUGCUUGCUGGAUUAUUUUUUUCCCUUCCUUGGUUUGUGACUUCACCUAUGCUAACAACGGGCUAACAAAUAUGGGCCUUAAGUGUAAAACGAGUUUGGCAAUGAAGGUAUUAAGCUAACGAUAUCUAGAAAAACAAAAUGCUUGCUGUUUUUUUUUCUCAUUUUGUGAAAACAUCCAGAUAUGACUGAUAGGCUACUAUGCUAUUAGGCUAAUGAUAUCGUGGUAACGAGUUCAAGUUUAUUUAGGCGGGAGUGCUGUUAUGCUAAUGAUACGGAAUUGGUCGCAUGUUGUAAAUAAACAUCGAUUUCUGACGGAAAUGCAUUUUUAGUACUUGUCAAUGACACGUAGAAUUAAAAGUAAUUAUAUUUACGCAAUACCAUUUUUAAAGAAAUAUCUCUCUUUUUAGCCAACCUGUUUCCAUACGCGUAUCCAAUUAAUGGACAACAAAAUAGGAUUGUAUAGAGCAGGAUGACGUCAUGUUGUUUAUAAUAAAUACUAGUAGCUAUCAAGUA